CAUUAAAGUUGGGAAUUUUACGUUACAUCAAAUCCUAACCAUCCAUCCAUCUAAGUUUUCAUACAUUUCAAAGAUCAACAAGAAAACCACUUAUUAGGUUUUUGUAUGCUGACACUACCACCGUAAGUCCGUACUACACCCAUUUGUUCUUGAAUUUGAAUUGCUAGUCUCUUUGUUAUUUUCAUCAAAAGAACGAAAAAGAUAAUUUCUUUAAAAGAUUCCAUCUUUUGGUAUUUCAAGAAUCGUAUACCCAACCCAAUGUUAAGGUGUUUUCUUUUCCCCCUCUCGUGGGUUCUAAUUGAAUUGAAGGAGCAAUUCUAGGGUUUUGAGAUUAGGGGUUUUUCUUUCCGAAGUUGCUUUUUCUUGUGGGUCGUCUAGAAUUAUAAAUGGAAAUGGAAGAGGUUGCUGCUAUUGAAGACGAUAAUUCAAGAAAUGUCACUGGCGAAGAAGCUGUCGGCAUUGUUACAGAAGGAAAUCAGGCUGACAUGACUGUUGCUGUGGUGAUCGAAAACGAUGACGGAAAUGCAAUUCUGGAAGCUGAAACGGAUAUAACCCUUGCAGAGGAUGAGAAAUGGGGAUUGGUAAGUGAAGAAAAUGGUGUUAACAGUGAGAUGAAAGAUGAGGUUGGUGUUAAGAAAAAGAGGAACCGGCCAAAGAAGGGUGAUCGACCAGGGGCAGAGGACAGGGUGAUAGUUGUUGGUCUUCAUUGCGCCAGUGCUGGUGUUGAUUUUUUUAACAAGAAAGGUCGACCUUCUGAUUCAAAACACAAUAAGAGAAAGUUUUCUUCUUUUAUAGACUUUGGUUCAAAGGAGAAGAAAAGGAGGAAGCUCAUACCUGGUGCUAAUGGUGCUGGUAUUAAAAUCAGGCGUAUAGGACGACCAAAGGGUUCAAAGAACAAGAAGAAAAUUGCUAAUGGUGAUAUUAUGCCAGUUAUGAACGGAAAUAUUGAUGAAAACCAUUCUAAAAGUAUAGAUGUAGGUGAGGGAGGUGAAAGCGAAAACCAUGGUGUUAAGGUCAAGCAUGUAGGUCGACCAAAGGGUUCAAAAAACAAGAAGAAACUUGGAGUUGAUGAUGACAUGUCAAUUAUGGAGUUUGGUAUUAAAAUUAAGACUGAUGGACGAGGUAGACCAAAGGGUUCAAAGGACAAGAAGAAGAGGCGCCGAAAACGUUUUCGAGAUAAUGUUGAUGAACAUGGCAAUCCAAUGGAAUCAGUACCUUCUUCUUCAUAUGGAGGUUUCAGAAAUAAGCUACAAGCGAAGAAACCACGGUUAAUUGUAGCAGGUGAAAUCAUGGCUUAUUCUUCUGAUGUUGAAAACGUUAAGGCAGUGGACCCUAGUAGCCCAAUAAGGCCCAAAGGAAAGCCCAGGAAAUCUAUUGAUGGGUGCGAGGGUAAUUUGAAUUUGAAGUGUCAUCAGUGCUUGAGGAACUUAAAAAACGUCAUCUUUUGUUCAAACUGCAAAAGAAAACAUUACUGCAAUAACUGCAUUGUAAGUUGGUAUCCAGAGAGAACAAAAGAAGAAGUCAAGGAUGCAUGUCCAUAUUGUCGAGGGAAUUGCAAUUGCAGAGCUUGUCUUCAAGCAAAUGUAAUCAUAAAGGCUAGUCAUGAAGAAGCCAAUGAAGACAUCAGAUUGCAAAGAUCGCUUUACUUGCUCAAGAAAACUCUACCUCUUUUAAAACAUAUUACAGAAGAGCAAAGAUCUGAGCUUUUAAUGGAGGCUAGCAUACUGGGUGUUGAAUUAACAGAAGAACAAAUACCCAAAGCUUCAUUUGAUGAAGAUGACAGAGUCUACUGUGACAACUGCAACACAUCAAUUGUGAACUUCCAUAGAAGCUGUCCAAGUCCAGAUUGCUCUUAUGAUAUUUGUCUCAACUGUUGUCGUGAGCUUAGAGAUGGAAUCCAGCCUGGCGGAAGUGAAGCUGAGUCAUCAUUUCAGCAAUUCAUUGAGAAUUCACAGCUUCAGGGUACAGAUUCAAAGGGACAGUUUUUUGGUUGGAAAGCUGACUUUAAAGCACACACUUUUAUCAACUCAUUAGACUUCCCUGCUUGGAAAGCAGAAAAUGACGGUUCUGUCCCUUGUCCCCCAAAAGCCCGUGGAGGCUGUGGGAAUGGAAUGUUACAGUUAAGACGAGUUUUUGAAGCCAAUUGGGUUCAGGAACUGGUUGAGAAGGCCGAGGGCUUAACCGUCAAUUUCCAGUUGGCUGAUAUUGAAACUGGAGAAAACUGUUCAACUUGUAAUGUGGAAAAUCAUCAUCAUCAUCAUGGACAUGGUGUAAGGAAAUCGGCUUCUAGGGAGGGUAGUAGUAAUGACAACAAUUUACUGUAUUGCCCUGAUGCUAUUGACUUAGAAGACAAAGAUUUUGAACAUUUUCAAAUGCAUUGGAGAAGAGGGGAACCCGUUGUGGUUAAAAAUGUCCUAAAAAAGACAUGUGGACUUAGCUGGGAACCAAGGGUGAUGAUGCGGGCUUUUAGGAAUGCUAAAAAAAAGUUAAAAGAGGAAAAUCAAUGUGUCAAAGCUAUCGACUGUUUGGACUGGAAUGAGGUUGAGAUUCAUUUGAAUCAGUUUUUUAGAGGGUAUGUAGAGGGGCGUAGGCAUGGAAAUGAAUGGCCAGAGAUGUUGAAGCUUAAAGAUUGGCCACCAACAAAUUCAUUUGAUGAGUGUUUACCAAGGCAUUGUGAGGAAUUUAUUGCAAUGCUUCCAUUUAGUGAUUAUACACAUCCAAGAUCUGGUCUUUUAAAUCUUGCUACAAAGCUUCCGGAUGGUUCUAGAAGGCCGGAUUUGGGUCCUAAAUCUUAUAUUGCUUACGGGUUUCCGGAAGAACUCGGUAGAGGCGACUCGGUUACAAAACUACACUGUGACAUUUCUGAUGCUGUAAAUAUAUUAUUACACACAACUAAAGUAAAAGUUUCUUCCAAAGAGCUUAAAAAAAUUGAUGAAAAGCGAAAGGAAUACAAAGCUGAAGAUACGGGUCCCGUGUCAAGUAUGAGUCCAGUUAAAACAGAACCACCACCAAAAGAUUCAUGUAAUGGUGAUUCUUUGUGCAUAAAAAAAGAAGAAGAAGAAGAAGAAGAUGUUGAUGAAAGCAAGGGUUUAGUGGUCAGAGAUCCAAGCAUUGACCAAAAUGUGAAUGGAAGCAGCCAAGAUUUUCAAGAAAGUGAUGAUGGUAUUGGUGGUUGUAAUAUUGAAUAUGGUGGUGCUUUAUGGGAUAUUUUUCGUAGGCAAGAUGUACCAAAGUUGACCGAAUAUUUGACCAAACAUCAAAAAGAAUUUCGUGGCAUUAACAAUGCUCCUGUUAGCUCUGUUGUUCAUCCUCUCCAUGAUCAAACCUUUUAUUUUGAUGAAAAGCACAAGAAACAGCUCAAGGAAGAAUUUGGUGUGGAGCCAUGGACAUUUGAACAAUACCUUGGUGAAGCUGUUUUCAUCCCUGCAGGUUGUCCACAUCAAGUUAGAAAUAGACAGUCAUGCAUUAAAGUGGCUCUUGACUUUGUGUCACCGGAUAAUGUUCAAGAGUGCAUACGUUUAACAGAAGAGUUCAGAUUACUUCCAAAAACACAUAGAUCCAAGGAAGAUAAACUUGAGGUGAAGAAGAUGGGGUUAUAUGCUGCGAGUCUUGUUAUUGAUGAAGCCAGUAAAUUGAUGAUGAAAAACAAUUCUGAAUUGCAACCUGAUCCUCCAAUAGAGCAAGUGAAAGAAAAUUUGGAGCAAAGUGUGGAAUCAAUGGAAGCUGACGUGUCAAGAGAAGGUAGUUAGAAAAAAAAAAAAACAGUCGAAAAUGGAACACAUACAAGAAAGUUAUGGUCUGUAUCGAUGUUGUAUUUCUAAUUUAUGAGGUAGCAUAGCAUUAGUUUCUUUUAGAUAGAUAAUCUUGUCAAGUGUUUUUUGUUUUUUUGAGAAGGUUUGAAGUUUAUCUGAUUUAUAUGAAAAUAAAAACCUCACAUAUGAAUCA